GAAGGCUUUGAUCAAUCUCAGGGGUAUCCAUCAAAUUCUUGAGGGAAAAUUAAUUCCUUUUUUGAAAGUUUUUAGCAAGAAAAUCCAAAAAUAUGUUGAUUCUGUUGAUUUGUCAAGAAAAAAAAUUAAAAUUGAACGAGUCGCAUGCAAUAUGCUUUAUUUACUUUUUUUUGCAAGCAGACCAAUACAGUGUUGCCAAAGUGUUCGCGAGAAGAUUCGAUCGUCAUUUCUAUUGGCCGGCAGUGAGCGCGCGAAACGCGAAAGUCGAGAAACUUUGAGCAAAGUUCGUGUUGCACGAGGUUGACGAUUACACAAUUUGAAUUGCACUCACGAUGAGCUUAAAUAUUUGUUCCAAAAUGCUUGGGAUUUAAACACUAAAUUGCUAUGGCAAGCUGGCAGCAAUACAGUAAUGCUGGGGAUCGAGAACCUGAGGAAAAUAAGUUUUCUACUGUCAGCAGCAGUUCACAAUUCAUCUCGAUGGCACCAGGAAAUUACGACACUGCAAGCCAAUUUUUCAGCGUCCAGUUAUGGCUGAGUGGACAACUGAAGCUGUUGAAAUUCAGCGAUCCCGUCUUCAUGGUUUACGACCCAGUGGAAUAUGCGGGAGGAAUAUAUUUUCAAUAUUUGCAGCGCUUCUGCAGGUCGCCGAAACAUCUGCUAAUUUUAGGAAUGAACCCAGGCCCUUGGGGAAUGGGCCAGACUGGAAUCCCAUUUGGUGACGUAGACACGGUAAAAAAUUAUUUAGGACUGGCGGAGUUUGGAUUUUUAAUAAGGCAGCCCACACAACAGCAUCCAUCAAAAAUUGUAACCGGUCUAGAUUGCCAUAGAAAGGAGCCAAGUGGAACAAAACUGUGGGGACUUGUAAAGAAACUUACUAAUUACUGCCCUGCUGAAAUAGCUUUGGCCAAUAUUAUUGUUCACAAUUUUUGUCCUCUCAUUUUCUUAAAGGAAUCCGGAUGCAAUCUGACGCCUGAAGAACUCAAAGCAAGCAACAAAAAGGAAGAGCUGUUCAACUUGUGCUCCACUGCUCUUUACCAUUCUCUCAGGGUCUUGCAGUGCAGUCAAAUAUUGUGCAUUGGAAAAUUUGCAGAAAAACGAGCAGAUUUAAUGGUCAAGAAGUUUUCAUUAAACGCUCUGGUUUAUUCAAUUCCGCACCCAAGCCCUCGAAAUGUCUCAGGACGGGUUAACUGGGAAGAAAAUGCCAUGGCAAGUCUGAGCGCAUCUGGAUUGCUGCAAUUUAUUUAAUUCUCGAAAAAAUUAUAAAAACCUUGUUGCAUUUAAAGCGCUCUGGACUGAAAAAAGAGCAUAAUAUGUUUCUAGAUAUGUAGUUAUAUUUUUUCUCAUAAUUCUGCUCAUAUUCCAGAUUUUUAUUCAAAAUUAUUAUUGUUCAAUUUUUUUUCAUUUUAUGGUUAAAUAUAGCUUAAGUUUACACAACUUUUGAAAGAGAUUUAUUAAUGUUAAUAUAGUUUUUUUAAGUUGCAAUUAUUAAUUUUACUAUUCUUUGGACCUUAGUUUUCAUAGUGUUAUGGGUGCAUUUUGUUAUUAAAUAUGUAUUUUUUUUUAGCGUAACAAUUUUUUUAUUUGUAUUCCUCUAAUCUUUGGAAUGAUAAUGAUACACCAGGGCUGUUGGUUUCCCAAAAUUUUACAAUAAUUAGUCCAAGUGCAAAGUUAACAUAUUUUCCUCCGAUUUUCAUAUUAGUAACAAAACCCCUCAGCCACUUAUACAUGACUAGAGGUGUGCAGCAAAUAGCAGCACACCGGCAUUAAAACUACCAGAUUACAUUUGUGAGAAUUUCAGAUCAUAGGAACCAAAGGCAGUAGCUGCCUCAGGAUUUUGUAGGUUUUAAAUGAAUAAUAUGGCAUUUUUUUCAAAUGGAUAUUAUAAUUAUGAUAUUCUUAAGAAGCAAUGCCACUACAUGAGAUGCUACUGAAAAAUAAUGAGAUAAAUUUAAAAUGGGAUGUGUUAUAUUAAAAAAUAUAAAUAUUGUACCAUCAAAACAAUCGACAGUUUAUAUGAUCUAAAAAUCUGAUGUGGAUUCCAAAUAAACACCAAAUUCAGAGGUUA